AACUUGCGGUGGUUCUCGUUUCAUUUUUCCCUUUUGCUACUGUUUUGGUCCCAGUGACCUGAAAAGGAAGUUGAAGUUAAACGAUAAAAACUAAAUAAACGAAUUUGCACUGCAAUUUUUUCAAGUCUAAGCUGAUGGAUUCUGCUUCAUUCCCUCGCUUCUUAAUCUCCCGCGUCAUCUACAGCUCAAGCUUGCAUCGCUCUUGCUUGACAAUUCAGAGUGCAAGAAAUGGCCUGUGGAAGAAAAGGCUGUGUGGGAUUGGGGUUUGUGAAGUUGGAGUGGGAAACUCAUACGGUGAAAGCAGCAUGAAGAAGAACGAGAACGGGUCAGUGUUAGGUGCGACUGAUGAGUCAGCUUCAGAACCAUUUGGAACAUUAGACGCAGAAAUCACACCAGAAACUGCAGAUUUCUUUGUGAGUGAUGCAGAAGGCGAUCCAGAUUGCCCCUCCAAAGGUUACUCGUCGAUUGAGCAGGCACUUAAUGCACUACGCCAAGGAAAGUUUGUGAUUGUGGUAGACGACGAAAAUGGCGAGAUUGAAGGGAAUCUUAUAAUGGCGGCAUCGAUGACUAGUCCGCAGCAUGUGGCCUUCAUGAUAAAUCACGGAUCAGGGAUUAUUUCUGUGGGCAUGAAAGAUGAAGAUCUUCAAAGACUGAAGCUUCCUCUCAUGUCUCCUGAUUCUGAAAUUGAGGAUUCUUCCGCCCCAGCUUUUACUAUCACUGUGGAUGCAAAAGUUGACACUUCCACGGGCGUAUCAGCUGCAGAUAGAGCAAAGACAGUUAUUGCCCUGUCAUCUCCGGACUCAAAACCAGGAGAUUUCAGAAAGCCAGGUCAUGUGUUUCCCCUCAAGUACAGAAAUGGUGGUGUUCUCAGAAGAGCAGCUCACACUGAGGCUUCUGUAGAUUUGGUCACCAUGGCUGGCUUGAGGCCUGUCUCUCUUCUUUCAGCUCUUGUUGAUGUAACUGAUGGUUCUAUGGCUCCCUUGCCUGUUCUUAAAAACUUGGCAUUACAAAACAACAUACCAAUUGUUUCAAUAACUGAUUUGAUAAGGUACCGGAGAAAGCGAGAAAAACUGGUUGAAAGAACAAGCUUCUCUCGCCUCCCUACUAAAUGGGGCCUAUUUCAAGCAUAUUGCUAUCACUCUAAAUUGGAUGGAACUGAACAUGUGGCUAUUGUGAAGGGAGAGAUAGGAGAUGGGCAGGAUGUGUUAGUGAGAGUGCAUUCAGAGUGCUUAACAGGGGAUAUAUUUGGAUCAGCUCGAUGUGACUGCGGGAACCAGUUAGAGUUGGCUAUGAAGUUAAUUGAGGAAGCCGGGAGAGGAGUGAUUGUGUAUCUUCGAGGUCAUGAAGGAAGAGGCAUCGGACUUGGUCACAAACUCAAGGCCUAUAACUUGCAGGAUCAAGGUCGCGACACUGUUCAAGCCAACUUAGACCUUGGCUUAGCUGUUGAUGCUCGUGAGUAUGGCAUUGGUGCCCAGAUUCUGAGGGAUUUAGGAGUCCGAACAAUGAGGUUAAUGACAAAUAACCCAGCAAAGUUCGUUGGACUAAGGGGUUAUGGUUUGGCAGUGGUAGGGCGGGUUCCUGUGAUGACACCAAUCACAGAAGAAAACAAGAGGUACUUGGAAACAAAACGAACCAAAAUGGGCCAUGUGUACGGUUCUGAUAUACAAUCACCCGUAGCCGGAUUCAUCAAUCCUAUUGUAAAUAACAAAGACCUACCCGGCAAAAAGGGGUCAACUUAAUAGCAAUACAUAGUCAAAGAGAUAGCCAAGAUUUUCUUCUUCAAGUGAAAGAUUUGUGUGAAGCAUUUAAUGUUCAUUUGUGAAGAUUGUGUAUUCACUUUGCUACUGGAACGUUUCCAAUCACAGGAGUUCCCCCCCCCCCCCGGGGGUUAGUUUUCUUUGGACUUCCACUUUGUUUCUUAAGUAUAAUGUAUUUAAGUUAAAAACAUGGACACCUUACCUGAGGGGACAAAAAUUACCGCAAGGGGCGCCAAUCAGCAUCACUGCAUGUACAGGGCGAAAAUCUGGCAGAGAAGUUUCAGAUUUAUUAUUUUUAGAAACCUAAUGUCGAUAGCUGAUGAGCUUGAAACAUGGCCUUAUUGUCAUCAGUGAUGAUUUAUUUAUGAAAAAUAAACCAGAAAGAGGGCAACUGAAAUCUAUACGUACUAUGGACGCGUAAAAUAAAAAGUGGACUUCUAU